UAUUGUACUUGCAGGAUUCCCGAAUGUCGUUGGGUGCAUCGACGGUACUUUUAUCCGAAUACAGCGGCCGACUGCAAACGAGGGAGACUUCGUGAACCGUCGAGGUUACCAUUCCCUAAAUGUUCAGAUGUGCUGUGAUGCAAACUUUAAAAUCACCAGUUGCAACGCCAGCUGGCCCGGAUCAGUGCAUGACAGCCGCAUCUUCCGGACAUCAACACUGUGCCGUCUAUUUGAAAAUGGACAGUACACUGGCUUUCUACUGGGGGACUCAGGCUACCCAUGUCGUUGGUUCCUCCUGACACCUUUACUGAACCCAACCAAUCGUGCCGAGGAGCGAUAUAAUGGUUCUUUGUGCAGGACAAGGGUGCUCAUUGAGCAGACAUUUGGCAUUCUGAAAAGGCGGUUUCAGUGCCUGCACAAUGAGCUUCGGGCCACACCUAAGAAUGCAGUUACCUAUGUUGUUGCAUGUGUUGUCUUACACAAUCUGGGGAUUGAAAGGGGUGAUAUAAUUAAUAAUGAAGAAAAUCUUGUGCCUCCAACACCAAAUGCUAAUGACAAUUAUGUACCAUUAGUUACAGGUCAAAAUGAUGGAGCUGAUGUGAGACAUCACAUUAUUCGGACAUUUUUCAAUCAUUAAUCAUACUACCAUUGCCUCAUUACAAUAAUAUCCCUUUUAUUGAUUGUGCGCGUAAUAUUGCUCUGCAGAAAUUAUUGUCACCCCUAAAAAUACAUGAAUAGAGCUGACAUUGUAUAACACUAUUCCUUUAGAGGGAAUACAAUACUGUCAAAAAUGUUAUUAAAAACAACUGACAGAACUGAAGUAAUAUGGUACUUAGUAGACUUAAUGAAUUCUGCAGCAAUACCAUCUGGACCAGGAGAGUGGUGCAAAUACUGUUUCAAUUAAAGGUUAGGCUGAUGAAAUACUACAAUUUACAUCUUCUUGAUGAAAUAGUUCUUACUUUCCUAUUUCAAACAUUUCUGCUUAAAAAUGUAAGACAAAAUCUUGAGUAAAAUUUGAUGUCAUUUAUUCUUCAGUUUUACAGUGUUCCAAUGACACUCCAAAUUCGGCAUUUAUCUUAAGUUGAUAGUAUAUUGAUCUGACA